GAGGGGAGGAGGAGGAGGAGGAGGGGACGAUGACUGCCAUUUCUGUUGCGUGUCAAGAAGCAGUUGCUAGCUGUCACUGGUCUAAAGAGAGAUAGAAGAGGGGAAAGUGUCUAGAAGAGGCUCUACGAGCCUCAGCUCAGGGCAUCCAAGUCUGAGGUCACAGUGGUACAGCCCCUUGCAGUUAUCAGAGGUCCAGGCAUGUGGGCUUUGCCCUCAGAAGGUGACUGAGCUGCCCAGAAGAAUCGUGUGGCUCUGACUAUAGAGUUGGGGUAACUGUCACCACCUGAGACACAGCUCUGGAGAGGCGAGCAAGACAGAGCCUUGGCCUGGCAGGAGCCCUCCUCACCAGAGCCUGCGUUCAGUUCCAAACAGUUUCUUGUUCAUCAGUUACAGCGUCAGAGGUAGAAGACCCAGUGGGAAGCAGCCCAAACCACACCCAAGACAAGGUGCUACAGUCACGGGAGCCAGUAGGUGUCAAAUGCAGGGCACACAUGACAGCAGAUUGGAACUCAGGGUCUGCACACCCGCGUGCCGCAUGGGUUUCUGAUUCAGCAUGAAGUGGUGUCCGUUCCCAUGAAGUGGUAUUUAAAAAAUGUCUGUGACACAUCCUGUCGGAGACCUCUCUCUCUCCUGUUCCAGUUACGCUCUGUCACUGGAGCCCCAGGCACGCUGUGUUUCUGGGUACCAUCUGAACUUUCCCAGCAUGCCUCGGUCCCUGGAGGCCUCUCCACUGGCUUGAGGCAGAAUAUUCUGGAGGAGCUUUUCACCCUAAGUAUACUGUUAGAGUCAUUUCCUAAAAUAGAUCUCUUAAUCAUAAAGCUAUUAUCUCACAAAUAGAGCUGCCUGCUGGUUUUCAUGUUAAUGAGCUACGGCUGAUUUUGACCCCAGCCAUUUGUUUGGUUUUCUGGGAUUGAGCGGGAUCCUUAACAGUCAUUCAGAACAUGCCAGACAAAGCGAACAGAAAUGUGUGAUGUCAAAGCAGAAUUCACCUAGCAACAAGUCACCGAGCCGCUCAACCAGACUCGUUAUCUCUAGAGUGGAAAUAACCUCAUCAACUCAAAAUUCCAGGGACCCUAGAGCUAACAGGGAAUUCCUUCCGGGUCUGUCUUAGCAUGUUUCUGGGCUGUGGGGAAGACAGGGAUCUAGCUCAGACAGGCUUAAGUUGAUCCCCAAAGCUCACAUGAAAGUGCCAAGUAUGACCGUGUGUGUGUGUGUGUGUGUGUGUGUGUGUG